AUGCUACGAAACCUAGAAGCUCUGUAUAUCAAACCGAAAAACGAAGUCUUUGCGCGCCAUGUAUUAGCAACAGCUAAACAAGAAAAUGGACGCCCUAUCGAUCAGUUUAUACCGAAACUACGCAGCCUCGCUGUUGAUUGUAACUUCUUGUCCGUUUCUGCUGAAAAGCAUCGCGACGAGGCUAUCCGCGACGCCUUCAUCACAGGACUAGUGUCUAACAGCAUUCGCCAACAACUUUUGGAGAAGUAUAAUCUUGAUAUUCAAUAUGCAUUCGAAGAAUCUCGCAUGUUGGAACAUGCUCAGCUACAGUCACAACUCUGUGAUUCAGCCUCCUACGUCCCAUGCGGUCCUACAUCCAUGCAGUCAGAUAUAGCAGCUCCGGUUUCCAUCACCACGGAAAGCAAAGGUUCGCUGGAUUUUCUCAGGAAACAUUGGUCUGAAACUGCGACGAAUUCGCGUAUUCCCAUGACACAGGCUUGGAUACACCCGCCGCCCAAUAACCGGACUAUAUCUCGGUUAGAAACCAUUCCAACUAGCAAUUCUUCCGUGGUUCAGCCAGGUUUUACUCCGACCCCAUCCGAACGUCUCAUUCAUUCCGAACCUUCUUUGAUGGAAUUAUCCAGCUCAGACCUCACACGUGAUAACUCACAGGUGGAUCGGAAUAAACAACCGGUGGAUCGAGUCUGUUCUUCAGUCCAACCAAUGAUGAAAGUCAUUUCUUGUUUCACUUCAAAGUCGAAUGUUGUGGACGCUUUGAACCGAACCGGGGCGACGUCAGUUGCACAACUGCUCCCACAACCACCACAGACUCAUUCUCUUGUCACCCUGAACUCAGACGGCUAUCUCGUUUCUCAAAAGCAUGUUCCUUUACUCAAUAAUCCGUAUAACGGAUGA